AUGAGUAAUAGUCAUUAUCAAAAAACAACGAAAAUUAUUGCUAUACAUGGCUGGCUUGACAAUCUAAAUUCAUUGAUACCAGUGGCAGAAAGAUUAGUAAAUCAUCAUUCAAAUUAUGAAAUUUGUUUAUAUGAUCGUGCUGGUCACGGGUUUUCAAGUCAUAUUCCUAAAGGUUUUGAUUAUUCGAAUGCACAUAAUCUUCAAGAUCUUCGUACGAUUAUUCAAAGUCUUGGUUGGAAUAAAGAAAAAUUUUCUAUUAUUGGUCAUAGUUAUGGAGCAAUACUUGGAAUGAGCUAUGCAGCAAGUUAUCCAGAAGAAGUCUUAUGUCUUGUUUGUAUCGAUUCUUUUCCUCGAAUAGAAGCAUCAAUGGAGAAUUAUUGCAAAAUUCAAGGUGCUCGGAUUGAUAAUAGUUUAAAACAUCAUAAAAAACCACCUAGAUCUCAUGAUACUCAUUUAACAUCUCAGGCAGUACUUGAAUUAAUAAAAAUUACACGAUCUGGUAUUACUAAUGAAGCUGCUAAAUUGUUAAUGGAACGUUUAAUUCGUCAAGAUGCAGGUUUAUCAUAA